CCAUUUGUGCAGUGUCAAGUCUCACGGGCUAAGAGGUUUGUCAAACCCCUAAUCUAAGCCCUUACAAGCAAGGACAGUGUAUUGGUGAGGGAUGUCCGACCGAUUUUGGUGGGCGGUCUGGGCCAGAUUUGUUGUCCCAGUCCAGCCCUGCUGGAUGGAUUCUGAUAUAUUAACAGUGUCCUGUUGUUGAAAAGAGAAUCACUUUCUUUUGAUAGACAUUAGCCUGUUUCUUUCACAUCAGUUAGGUUACUAUUUGUUUUAGCGAUGUCCAACAGUGAGUCCAUAAACAGAAUGUUGCAGAUGCAACUAAUCUUUCACUCAGCAGCUACCAGCUGUUAUUUAAUCAAUUAUGAGAUGCAAAGAGAGAGAGAGAGAGAGAAUAUGUGUGGAUAAAACAGUCCUGUUGGGUUUUACAGAGGACUCACAGUUUCCUCGUUAGCCAUUUGUUUUCCCCUGUCCUUGACCUUAAAACCCUGUGUCCUGAGGUGUGUAUGUAUCACUGCUACCUGUCCAUAGACAAAUUGAAAGUAGUCAAAAUUGUCACACAGAGACGAGCAUCCUGCAGUAUUUUAAGAGGAAGAAGACAGAGGUCACAAGAGUAGUAGUAGAAAAAACUAGGGAGGAUGAGCUUGUAAGUUGUAUGGAUAUCUACUAGACAUACUGUAUAAUCUAAUAGGUGUAACAUUAUAACUGAAUACAUUUGUACUGUGGCAGCUACAUUAACUAGCAGCUGUUCCAUGGUUUUUAUGGCAUGUAGUCGGUUUUGGUUUUCAUAAUCUCUCCUCUCCCGUCUAUUCUCCAUCUUCUGUCACUUCUCACUGGAUGCUUUCCUUCUGCCUUCUGAUUGGCUGACCGUAACCUGACCAACCCCCCGGAAGCUCCACCCCUGUGCUAACAACAACUCCAGCAGAUCAGCUGUGCUCUCAAGAUUCAGGUUCAGUCAGCUAAAAUGUUGCUCGUGGUUUUCUUGUGUUCCCUGAUUGUCUCUCUGCUCGCUGCAUCUGAAGAUCACCAAGAGAUAAAAGUGAAGCCUGGACAGGACGUCCCUCUUCAGUGUCGGGCUCUCAGAAAUGCCUCUGUCAAACUUUCAGAGUGGACCAGACCUGACCUGAAGUCAGACGGUUACGUGUUCUUUUACCGAAACGAGCGGCCGUAUGAAAACUUCCAGCAUGAAUCUUUUCAUGGUCGAGUGGAGCUGAGAGAUCCAGAGAUGAAGGACGGAGACGCUUCUGUUGUCCUGAAGAACGUCACCUUCAACGACACUGGAACAUACGAGUGUCGGAUUGUAACUAACGCACGACAAGAGAUCAAGCACCUGAUCGACCUGAAAGUUACAGACUCAGGUGGGUUAGUAGAGUCCCGACUCCUCAGGUGGGUUAGUAGAGUCCCGACUCCUCAGGUGGGUUUGUGCAGUUCAGAUUUGCUGAUAGGUCAAACCUGUUUUUCUGCUCUGCAGAUCACACAGCUGGAGACAAGGAGGGAGGAAACAAGGAUGAAUUUCGUAGCAUCGUAGUUGGACUGUCAGUUUUUGGUAUGCUGCUUGUUGUUUUUGUUGUUGUUAGUAUUUGUAGAAAAUGUAAGCAGUCAUCAGAGCAUUGUUCAUACAAACCUCCUCCUUAUAAUGACGUGACCCAGUGAGCUGAAAAGUUAGUAAUUAUUGAAAAACUCAGCGUUUCCGGUGAGUCUCAAAAACUCAAAAUUCAAUCAAAAUUUUAGGUCUUAAAAAGUCUUAAAUUCGCUGAAGUAUUGUAUUCUAGGUCUUAAAACUGGUCUUAAUAUUCCACUGUCCAUGACCUAUAUCCUCUAAUGCUCAUUGACACACUCCCAGCGCUUCAGAAUGUUUCUCCCCCCUUGGCGUUGUAGUUCUUUCUAUUCGCUAAAAUUUCAGACGAUAGUUAAUGAUUUUCAGCACAGUAACACACUCAACAUAUUGCUAGCUUCCUCUUCUUAUUCUUCAAAGGACACAACAGGUGCUGCUACAGUGAAUAGUGAGUGGGAUAUAGGAUAUAAUAUAGGAUUGGAAAAGCAAUUUAAUGGUUCUUCUUUAAGUUGUCAGGUAACUGCUCUGUUUGUACACAUACUCUACAUCUUGAUCGUUAGAUUAAAUUGGUGAGGAUAGUAAAGCAAAUUAGGGAUGCAAACUUGUCCUUAUAAGCUAACGAGGAGAUGAUUCUUUUGGAUUUUAAUGAACAAAUGAAGGCAAACGUGAACAAUUUUAUCUGUAAUGAUUCUGAGGUUUAAUGUUUAGGUGGUGAGGCUCAAAAUGAGCACCAAGCUGUUUUGAGCCUCACCUCCAAAACCAUGAAUGUAAAAUCAAUGUCAAGAGCAUCAAAACUAACCAAAUUACUUUUCCCAGAUCUAAUACUAAUUCCUCCCGAAUAGACUUCUUUAGUAAGUUUAGCUUUUGGGGUGGAGUUUAUUCAAAAUCUGCUCUAGAUUUUCCAACUUAUUGUUCAUUGUUGUGGUAAUAACAAUGUUCUAAAAUUAUGUGGGAUUGCAUAUUUCUUUAUUGGAAAACCAAAACAAAUCUUGGGGCAGUACUCCCAAAACCCCCACCGAAAUUUGUUUGCUUACAUACAUGUUGUAUUGGUGUUAUAUAUCCAGCAAGUUUUUCUCUUCAGACCCAAUAACACUGUUACCUGACACACACACAUCGUGGUUGGCACUACUGGACAGUGUUGUGUAACUCGUCCAUUAUUUUUAAUGCAAAUUUCUAACUUCACCAUGGUCCAAAGUGCACCAAAAAGUGCUCAUAAAGAAAUGAAGAU